AUGCGAGGUCUCACGCGGAUUGCCUCAAGGCUUGCUCGGCCAGGAAGCUUCCAAAGUAUCCGAGCUAUUCACAACACCCCACCUUCGGCCGCAACACCGGCCUCAACCCCUCACGUCUCUGUGCUGCAGCAGGCUCUCAACGCAGACAAACCGAGAAACAACUGGACCAAGGAUGAGAUCUCCUCCAUCUAUAACACUCCUCUGAUGGAGCUUGCCUUCGCCGCUGGCACUGUGCACCGAAAAUUCCACGACCCAAAUUCGAUUCAGCUAUGUACUCUUAUGAACAUCAAAACCGGUGGCUGCAGCGAGGACUGCUCGUACUGUGCUCAGUCGUCCCGCUACAACACCGGUUUGCAGGCAUCGAAGAUGGUCAAUGUUGACUCGGUCCUUGAGUCGGCGCGGAUAGCAAAAGCUAAUGGAAGCACACGAUUCUGCAUGGGUGCCGCAUGGCGUGACAUGCGAGGUCGAAAGAGCAACCUCCGGAACAUCAAGGCUAUGGUCCAAGGUGUGCAGGAAUUGGGCAUGGAAUCCUGCGUGACCCUUGGAAUGAUUGAUUCCGCGCAGGCCAAGGAGCUCCGUGAUGCUGGUUUGACCGCGUAUAACCACAAUGUGGACACGUCGAGAGAAUUCUAUCCCUCUGUCAUCACGACGAGAUCGUACGACGAGCGAUUGAGCACCAUCAAGAAUGUCCAUGAGGCGGGCAUCAACGUUUGCACCGGUGGUAUCCUUGGUUUGGGCGAGAAGCCCAAAGACCACAUUGGACUCAUCUAUACCGUCUCCAACCUGCCCAACCACCCCGAAUCUUUCCCCGUGAACGCGCUCGUUCCCAUCAAGGGCACCCCGCUGGCAAACAACAAGCCCAUUUCCUUCACCGGCAUCCUUCGCACCAUUUCCACGGCCAGAAUCACCAUGCCCAUGACCAUCAUUCGUCUUGCCGCUGGCAGAAUCACUCUGAGCGAGGAACAGCAGGCUCUCUGCUUCAUGGCAGGUGCCAAUGCCGUCUUCACCGGCGAGAAGAUGCUUACGACCGACUGCAACGGAUGGGACGAGGAUAAGGAGAUGAUGGAGAAAUGGGGUCUCUACCCCAUGCCCAGCUUCCAGAGGGGUCAGCUCCGCCAGUUCGCAGGCUCGACUGGCGAAACCGCAAUCCCUGCCGCCGAGGCUGAACCCAAGCUCAAGGAGGAAGCCGUUGCUGCGCAGUAA